AGAACUUUACAAAUAAAAAAAUGCCUAGUAUAUAAGGUUUUCGCAUACACCUACAACAUAUUCGACAAGUGCUAUCAAUCGAAAGAGAUUAUUGAUUCUGACACAUAUGGUAUCAUUGUUUCAAACAAUUACAACAUGAUGAAUUCACGUGAUGGGAAAAAACUUCAGCAUAAUGGAAUGAUUGAUAAAUUAAACUCGACAGAAGUUAAAGAAAUAUCAGAACUAAAAGAGGAGACUGUGGAAGAAUUAAAAAAUCAACUUACUACACUCACAAAUUCAUUAGCUACUCUAUCAGCUGAAAAAUCUCGUAUGGAAGCGCAUUUUCAAACUGACAGGAGACAAUUAAGAACAGAACGUGAAGAGUGUGAAAAAGUUAUUAAAGACUUAACAGAUAAAUUAAAACGAACUCAACAAUGUGUGAAUUCGGAAAUAGAACAUAUCAAAUACAAACUUAUUAUGGAACGUCAUGACAGAGAAAAAGAGCAAGCAGAUAAUUCAGCUAUGAUCAAAGAAUUACAAAAACUUGUAGCAAAUGAAAGACGUGCCAAAGAAUCAUUGGAGUAUCAACUGAAAGAAUUAAAGAAACAAUCUAAUAAUAAAACUACAAGUAAAGUACUCGAAGCUGAGCUUGAAAUAGUAAAUAAUAAAUUGAAAGAAGCUGAAGCAGCUGUUAAAGAAACACCACCAAUGUUAUUGUCAUUACAAGCUGAAAUCGCAGCAUUAAAAAAACAUCAUAAAAAUGUAAUUUAUGAAGAACGAAAGAGAGUGAUAGCAGCUGAACAACAAGCAAAAGCUUUAGAAAUGGUACAUGAAGCUCGGGUUGUGGGUUUAGAAACACGACUAGCAGAACUUUCAGAUAUAGUUGGUGGAUAUGAACGUCUUAGACAAACGGAUCAACAUGCAAUUCAAAAACUCAAAGAUCAAUUGUCAGAAUUACAACUGCAUCAAGAUAGAGACCACUUAGAUUUAGAUUUUAAUCAAGAUCCUAAUAAAAUAGCAUCGAAAAUACGAGAACUGUACCAUCGAUUGUUAAAUAUGAGCAAUCAGAAAAACACUUUGGUGAAUAUGAAAGAAUUUUUAAAAAGUUUAGACCUUUGUUUUAUUGAUGAUGAAAACGAUUACAAAGAAAAAUACGAAUUACUUAAACAGGAAUUUGAUCAAUAUAAAGAAGAAGUAGUAAUAAAAUUAAAGUUACUAGAAAAUCAAUCUCAAUUAGAGAAUAAACAAGAAAAAAAUAGUAAUGAGUUAAAUUUAAUUAAGAUAAAAAACUUGGAAGAAAAAAUUCAAACAUUGAAUAAAGAAGCUAAUUAUCGAGAAAAUGAAUUAAAGAAGAAAUUAGAAAAACAGUUGAAACAAUUCCAAGAAGAAAAAAUGAAAUUCGAUGUGAUUCUUUCACAAAAAGAUAGUAAUCUUCGAAAUAAAAUAGCUGAUCUUGAACAUCAAUUAUUACGCCAACGAGAAAGAUCUCUUGCUGUUCUGGAAGAAAAAGAUCAAGAAAUUAGAACUUUGAAGUCUUCUAUUCGAGCAAUGUUAAUGAAAAAAGAUAAUUCACUUUUCAAUUACGAUAAAUCAUCAGUAGAAUUGGAAAAAUCCUCUGAAUCAAUCACAGACUUUGUAUCGGCAAUGCUCGCAGUUGACAGCAGUCCACCACCAUUGUUACAUUAUGCUCAAGAACUAGCAAGACGCGAAAUUCAAGUAACAGGAUUGAGAAAACAAAAUACUGAAUUAGAAAAUACAUUGAGAGAAAAUCAACAAACUCUGUUGAUUAUUACCCAACGUCAUGCUGACGAAAUUCAAACUUUAGAAGCAAAAAUUUCUCGAUUAGAAGCUUGUAAAUCUCGAGAAGGUGCCAAUUUAGAGUAUUUAAAAAAUGUAUUUGUAAAUUAUUUAACUAGCACUGAUUCAUCGAGUAAACGUCAUAUGUUAAAUGCGAUUGCAACAGUAUUACAAUUUAAUAUUGAAGAGAUGGAUAAAAUUCAAAAAAUAAAAUAAUUCUAGUCAAUUUGAGUAAAAAUUUCUGCCUCAAUUAUUUGAGAUGGAAUAAAAAUGGAUAUUACAGCAUGCAUUUGAAUUCACUUGAUAUAACAGAAACAUAGCAUUGUGCAUGGAAUUUAUUACAUCGAUAUUUUUACAUUGAGUAAUUAUAUUUUGUUGGCAUUGAAAAAAUAUUCUCAAGCAAUUCUUGUAAAUAUAUGUUUCUACUAACGUGCACUUUUGAUAUUUUAAUACAUAUGUAAGUAUUAUUAUAGCUAUUGUUAUUUUUAUGACAAUUUGGUAUAAUUUUACUGUUUUAUACCACAAUAUAUUUAUAUCAAUAUUGAAACAAUUGUACAAUAAACUCUAUAAUUUGUGACAUUAUUUAAUAAAUAUUGCCUAGAUGUAAAAAUGAAUUAAUAAAAUUUUAGGGGAAAAACAAAGUAUUUUCAUACAAUAUUUUUGAUUCAAUAAUUGUUCAUGUCAUUACAAAUAUCAUUGUAUUUUCUUGAAUAAAAUGAUAAUUUUAAAUACGUAUAAUAUUUAUUGAAUCAAUUGUUUAUUAGUGUGAAAUGAAAUUAUUAUCCAUGUAGUAUAAUCAAAUUCACAUGAUGAUUUUUUUUAUCUACUUAAAAAAUAAAAUGCUUGCACUUUUUUGUAAGGCAUAUUUGUCGACUAAUGUCAGCCACGUUUGAGCUUGACAGUAUUGGCGAUUGUCAACACAUAAUACAAUUGUUUAUCUUAUUAUUUAUCAACAUUUAUUCAAUACUUUGAAUACUCAAUAUUUUUCCAUUCUUCAAAGAGUUUCAACAAAUUUUUCCUUAUCAAUUUAUUCAUUUUAUUUCGG